AUGGGGGCAGCUAUCAAAGCCCCAGCAGGUAACGCUGGCCCAGUGUUGCUUGGGCAAGCGACCAUGGAUGCCAUAGGAUUCCUUUUCUUGCUCCUGCAAAGCCUCAUGCAGUACCUGCUGCCCGUGGGUGAGGUUGAGGAUGAGGAAACACGUCUGCGCAUGGAUCUGUUUGCAAAACAACAGGAAGAGGAAAGGCUUUUGCUGGAGCAGGAGAUGGAGCAGCUUACCCUGAAGCAGAGUAUAGUGGAGCAGUCCUUGCAGCUCUUAGUCAUUGCUGGGCUCCUGGUCCUUCUCUUGGUCCUGUGGUUGAUGGGGUAUAAAAGGAGCCUGAGGAGAGAGCAGCCAGAAGAAGAUGAUGUUGGAAAUGACUUAGAGGAUCGUAUUCAAGAGAACAUAGGAAGGACACUAGUCGAGCGAAUACAGUGGCCCGUACAGGACCUGCAGGCAGGCUGUGAGUGGACAACUGACCUGAUCAACAAUUAUAUGAUUUAUUUUGGACAUGUCAUGACAAACAGCUUCUACCCAGGCCUGCAACGGGCCAUCGGGGUGGGCAGUGCCUUCGAAGGUUGGAGUCCACGUGAGCAGGAUGUUGUGUACAAGGUGCUCAUUCCCAUGACUCCUCCCCGAGGCCACAGCUUCCACCUGGAGCUGGACUCUGCAGAGCAGAGGCACGUGAGGAACUUCCGUGUCCGCGUGCAGCUGGAGUGCACCUGCACCAAGGAGCAGCAGGCUGAGGGCAUGCUGUGCUUCCUGCACCACCCCGAGGAGGAGCUGAGGAGCAAUCAGGAUCCCAGCCUCCUCGAUACCCUGUGCACCGACUCCUACCUGGAUGUGCAGAAAACUGCCCACUGGUUCUACCAGCUGGUGAGAGCCAUCUGGCCAGCUUUGCCUCAGUCACACAACUGGCAUUUAAAGCUGCUGCCCUCCACACGCUCCUGCCAAUUCCAGGUGACCAGUGGCAGAAAAAUUUUCAGGAUUGAGAUGUUCUUUGGGGUGCACAGAGGUGACUCAGACAUAUUUGUGAGCAGCCAGCCUAGAGAGGCUCACACCCAAAGCACAGCCUGGCCUGAGACCUACGCUGUGGCAGAACUGAAAUUCUUCCAGUAUAUUGCUAGGCAGGCCUCCCCUGACAGUUUGCACCUGAGAUGCCUGCAGUUCUUCUCCCGUCUUCUGCUGGGCAUUGGCUUUUCCACCUACACCAUGAAAACCAUUGUCAUGCACCUGCUGAACACCAUUCCUGUGUCACAGUGGAGCAGGAGACAUUUCCUGAGGCGAUUGAUUGAUAUCAGCGAGAGCCUGCACUUAUCCCUGGAAGUGAAACGCCUCAACCACUUUAUUGUGGGCAACCAGAGGCUUCCUGAGGAGAUCAGUUUGCCCCAAGAUGUUCAAACGGCUGAGCCACCCAAUCUCUUCCACCGCCGCGAUUGACCAGCUGCCCACUCCCAGGGCAUGGGCGAGUACCUUGAUCUGCAACGUCGACUCGUAGCAGUCCUCAAACCUGAUGAUUGA